AUGCCAUUUGUAACAUCUUCAAUUCCAUGGGUAGCCCUUAAUACUACCAAUGCAUUUAAAAUUUGCGACAUGACAUGUGUUGUCGAGCCUUCAAUGGGUUUGUUGUUAGUUAUUGGUGGGUCUUGGGCACAAGAUCCAAGUUAUGAAGGAUUUCAAGUUUACAAUUUUAAAACAGAUGUUUGGAAUGAAGCUCUGUAUUUAGUUGGAUAUCCUAGCGAAAUCGGUAUUGGAAUAUUUCAACCACGUUCUGUUUUAAUUGAACCAGGAAUUGUACUUAUUUGGGGCGGAACACGUUAUUCUUCUACGUUCCGUGUUAUUUAUAAGUUAAAUAUGACAGUAACUCCAUGGAAAUGGGAGCCGAUAAUGACGACUGUUUUAAAUUCCGUUGGAAUUGCUCGCUCAAGAGAAAGAGUAUUUAUUUUCGGCGGCAUAGAUAAAGUUAAUAUACCUUCUACAACCGUAGGAGAAGGGGUCCCAAUGAAUUUAUCGUAUAUUUAUGACAUUACAAAAUCUCAAAUUCUUAAGCCAGACUAUCAACUUCCCUUUGCUUUUACUCAUUCAGUAGUAGGUGUUGUUGGCGAUUUUAUGUAUAUUGUUGUGUUUAGCUAUAAUGAUUUUCUUGAGAAUAGACAGAUGUCUAUUAUUCCUCUUAAUCUUGCUCAACUUAAAUUUGAAACCUCUUUUGAAACAUCUUCUAACUCAACAAAAGCUCGACUUCGUGCAGCGGGGGUUCAACCCCCUGGAUCAGAUGUAAUAUUGGUAAAAGAAAUUCUCGCUCUAUUUUAUGUUUGUGUUACUUAUCAAAAUUCAAGUUUGCCCGAUACAGGUAUUACAUCUGACACAAUGUUAGUAUAUAACAUGACUCUUCGUUCGUGGACAGAUACAGUAAAUCUUGUUACAGAUGCUUCAGCAUAUCAUUUUGCCUUUCCUAAAGAAAAUCUUUCUCAGCCAAGUCCUUCAGUUACACCAACCGCUUCAAACCUUCAAAAUCUUCAAUGGCCAACAGCAGCGAUUGUUACUACUACAAUACUUGCUAUUAUAAUAAUUUGUAUGAUAGUUGUUGUGAUUUAUUUGAUCAAAAAAUUAAAAUCUCAACGUCAAGUAGUUGAAACUCCAGAAUACGGAAAUGAG